CACUCCCAAAAAUCUAAACUUAGGACCGGGAUAAGAAUUUUUUACAGACAAAAGGUGAGCUGACGUACACAUGCAUAUGGAUAAGAUAACAAAACAGACGGAAUUGGGUACCCGUCUUGAAAAUACACACAGAGGUUAUACUGCGUGCCUGCUUUAUAACAAAACUCCUAUUGAGAUGAUGCAAUUCUCUGAAAGAGUAUAAAAAGUGACCGAGUCCCUUCUGAUAUUCCUAGAUUCCUUUUUGCUAUCAUCACUCUCCCCACUCAACAAACAUUAUACAAUGAACGCUUCCAUCAACUUUUCACCAUCUAUUGCCUCUUCCACCGAAAGCUUUUCUAAGAAAAUUACUUCACACAACCAAGACAACAUCAAUAUUGAUGCUGAAGAAUGCUUGAGCGCCAACCCUCCCUCCAGAGAAGAUGAAUCUUCUGCUUCCUCCGAGGUCUGCAUCUGGGAGUUGAGAAGAGAAGAAGACAGAGCCUACAGGGGUUACGAUUAAGCGCUAUUCUAGUGUAUAUUAUACUCUUCGAAGUAUAAUCUUUGUAUCUUCUUUUGCUAUAUAAUUGCUUAUCUGUUGGUUCAGGUCGGGGCCGGAUGUCCCCCCUCGGUUGACGUAUACAUACGCCUUGUUUCUUUUCUGCUAUUUCUGUAACAUGGUUAUUUUCAACAAUAAAUCUU